AUGCAGCCGAUUCUGUCAGCUCUUCUCCUCGUCAUCGCCCUCGUUGUUACUUCUUCUGGACAAGACACCUUUAGUGUGGAUGAAUUCACAAAAAAUAAAGAUACCGAGAUUUCCGUUGGAACCGAGAUAUCCCAUCAAACAACAACCGUAAGAGAACACUGUUUUUUGAAAUGUUUCUUAACCAAAUAUCCUAUCGAAUUCUAUCUUUGCACUGUUAUAAUAGCUUCAAAAAGCCUUCAGCCCAGUCCUGAUUUUCAACUUAAAUACUAUGAUUUUUCAGUGGACAGCAUCUUGGAAAGUUGGCAACGAGACCCUCUGUACGUAUUCCAAGUAUCUUAAAGUUUUGGUCGUCGCUACUCCGGCACCAGCUACAGUUUCCCCAACAAAUGGAGUUGCCAGUUGUAUUCAACAGCCGUACGUUUUACCUGUUUUAAACAUGACGUGUCGUUUCCGAAAACCAACCUUUUAGUGUAGGAAAAUUUGAUGAAACUAAUAUAAUUUCCAACAUUUCUAGGUGUGACAAAUCAACUGCGUUGGCCCCCAUCGACUGCGUCACUGCUUUUGGAGACAAACUCGCUAUCAUUGAAAAUCAGUGA